AUGCCAGGAUACCUUUAUCAGGCUCCGAUACUCUUGAAGGAUCGAUCACUACGUCAAACUGUGCAAUGCUGGACUGGUGGCAAGCUAGCCGCGGUCUGCAUCACAGCCAUCUGGCCUUCCUUCGCCACUAUGCCUAACUUUCUACCUGCGAGCAUGCCCGCGACUAGAUAUGAGUUUGUCGGCUUCAUUGUCUUUUGGGUACUCUCUGCGCCUUUCCUCCUUGUCGCGCCCGAGAAAUACAAGCUUCUCUUCCAGUUGACAUCCAUAUGCUGUGGUCUGGGUAUGCUGGCUAUGAUGAUCUGGGCACUUGCCACGGCUAAGGGAGUUGGGCCCCUUUGGACAACCGGACAGACGAUCCCAUCAACGUCCUCCUGGAACUCGAGCUGGUUGAUCAUGAUGGGUAUCAACCAGAUGAUAGGGAAUUUUGCUGCAGGUCUAACGAACGGGAGUGAUUUCUCUAGAUACUCUCGAAAUUGGAAGCACUACUUCGGCGGGACGUUUCUCUCUGGUGUUGUGGUCGGAGUGCUCGUUUGUUUUUGCGGCCUAGUCACCACCAGUGCUGCCCAAAAGAUCUAUGGCGAUGUCUACUGGAAUCCACCCGACCUUUUGAUGGUCAUGAUGGACAGCGGCCGCGGCUCAUCCAAAAGUCGAGCUGGCGUCUUCUUCCUCUCUUUUGGCUUUGCGUUGACCUCCAUGUUUCAGAAUGUUUGUGGAAACGUAAUUGCAGGGGGCAUUGACCUUGCUGGCCUGUUCCCAAAUUAUAUCAACAUCCGCCGCGGUGCCAUCAUUACAUUUUUUUUCUUGCUUCGCCAUCAGAAGAUCCAGGUGAGCCAUUUGUAUCGACCAUAUGACUCCUCAUACUGGUUCUGGCACGGCAUCAACUGGAGGGCCAUCCCAGCCUGGCUUUGCGGAUGGGCACCGACGAUUGAUGCACCCAGAGCAGUAUACCUGCUUUUUUACAUGGCUUUCUUGAUCGGUAAUUACCCUUCUCUGUCUGGCGUCAGCACACGAUGGCUUGCUAACUCUCUCCAUGCAGGGUUCUUUAUCAGCUCACUUGUUUUUUAUGUGCUGAACAAGUUGUUCCCGGUCGAGGGCUAUGGCCAACAAGACGAGGUGGACGUAUACGGUGCUUUCACACCCUCCGAAGCUCUCAAACUCGGGAUUGCUACACCCUCUGACCCUCGUAUUUUUUGUAUCUUUUCCGGUAUGCUUCUAAUGGUAUGA